AUGGCGAACAACGAUAUGGCUGCGGCCCCUACCAACGAGAAGUCAGCAGUCGACGAGAAGUCUGGAGUAGAGCAUGUCGAGCAGUACUCCAACCACAGCGAUGAGAAGCACCCGGAUUACUUCAAUGGCAUGCGGAUUGACGGGGAAGAUGGAGAGGACCACAUGCAUGAGCCGCCGAUGACCUUCUCGCGUGCGAUGUCUCUUCUGGCGAUGGGCUUCAUGUGGGUUGGGUCUCAGAUCCCGUUGUACCUGUUCGGUGCUAUACCUCCAUACAUCUACGGCGAUAUUGGCGGUACUGAUCGAUGGGUGUGGUUUGUCCUUGGAGGCCUGCUCGCUCUAGCAGGUGUCUGUCCAUUCGUCGGCUCACUUGCCGACCUGCUCGGAAGGAGAUGGGUUGCAAUGAUGGGAGCUUCGUUGCUCGUCAUUGGCACAGUGGUAGCCACGACGGCUCAAGUCAUGGGCCAAUUCAUCGGUGCGUAA